CAAAAAUAAAUCCAUAUUCGCAAGACAUGUUCAUUUUAGGUGGUGGAGCCUAUAUCUCUAAUGAUGGAAUUCAUGUAACCCCAGAAAAAAAUUCCCUAAAUUCCAGCGUAUUUACUGGCCGAGCAACUUACAUCGAACCGUUUCAUUUGUGGGACAACGCCUCAAAUGAGCUAGCUAGCUUCUCUACUAGUUUCUCAUUCAUGAUUGAAUCAGACCCGAAUAAUGAUCGUUCCCAUCCUGCUGAUGGCCUAACGUUCUUCCUUGCUCAGAAUGAUUCUGUAAUACCUGGCUCGGGAUUCAUGGGUCUUCCGUUUAAUAUGACAACAAAUGUUAGUACAGUUCCAUUUGUAGCGGUGGAAUUUGAUACGUAUUGCAGUGAUUGGGAUCACACUUCUAGCUGUGAUCAUGUAGGUCUCAACAUUAAUUCCAUUGCUUCUGUUUUGCAUCAGGAAUGGUUUAUAUCACAUGGAAGAGAGUGUCAUGCUUGGAUUGAGUAUGAUUCGGCUUCCAAAACUAUUAAUGUUUCAUUCACUGGCUAUGUAAACAGUACAAUGGUACGUCAAGAAGAACUUGUUUACACUGUUGAUCUAAGGAAGGAGUUGCCAGAAUGGGUUAUUUUCGGGUUUACUGCUGCGACUGGUGUGCUGUUUGAGAAAAAUAAUGUUAAAUCUUGGAUGUUUAGUAGUUCUAGCUUAGAAGUUGAUCAAAAUAAUGGGUCAUCGCCAAACAAGACCGGACAUAUAGUAGGAAUAAUAAUGAAAAAAAACAAAGGAAACAAAGAGGAGGAACUCGGGUAUUCUGAGGAGCUUAGCAAUGAACUUGAAAUGGGGGCCACUGGGCCUCGCAGAUUCUCUUACGAUGAAUUAGCUCGAUCAACUACAGGCUUUGCAGAGAAUAAAAAACUUGGAGUGGGAGGUUUCGGUGGAGUCUACAAAGGUCUUUUGAAUGAUUUGAGCACAUAUGUUGCCGUCAAAAGGGUGUCGAAGACUUCAAAGCAAGGGAUCAAGCAGUAUGCAGCGGAAGUAAGGAUCAUUAGCCGAUUGAGGCAUCGCAAUCUUGUGCAACUCACUGGUUGGUGCCACGAGAAAGGAGAACUCCUUUUAGUUUAUGAGUUUAUGGAAAAGGGAAGCCUUGAUUUACAUCUUUUCAAGCAAAAGAGCUUGUUGACAUGGGACACUAGGUACAAAAUUGCCAAUGGUCUCGCGUCUGCUCUGCUUUAUUUACAUGAAGGAGGUAAGCAAUGUGUUUUGCAUAGAGAUAUCAAAUCAAGUAAUGUGAUGUUGGACUCAAAUUUCAACGCAAAACUUGGUGAUUUUGGGUUAGCUAAGUUAAUUGACCAUGAGAACGUCUCUCAGUCAUCAAUAUUGGCCGGAACCUUGGGAUAUAUGGCUCCUGAAUGUGCAGUGACGGGCAAGUCAAGCAAAGAAUCGGAUGUGUUCAGCUUCGGAGUUGUUGCAUUGGAAAUAGCGUGUGGGAGGAAACCGAUUGACCAUCAAGCACCAGAAAACAAAAUAUGGUUAUUAGAAUGGGUUUGGGAGCUCUAUGGGACUAACAGUCUUUUAGAAGCAGUUGAUCCACGACUAGGUUUAGACUUUAAGGAAGAAGAAAUAACACGGUUGAUGAUCCUUGCCUUGUGGUGUGUGCACCCUGACUCUGAAUCUCGACCAUCAUUGAGACAAGUGAUUCGGGUACUGAACUUUGAAGCUACCUUGCCUAUACUUCCCUCAAAGAUGCCGGUGGCGUCUUACUUGCCAUCUUUAUCUGAGGUCACUUCCAUCUCACAAAAUCGAUCAUCAACUACUGGAUCGAAUUUGAAUUUUUCAAUGUAA